AUGAUAUUCAUGGAUGGUGAUGCAGAGAGGUGCCGUAGAGCAUCAACUUACGACAGACACCCCUUCAUUGAGGUAGUAGCCCCAAAACCUGUUCCGUCAGGGCUGCAGCUAGCAAAAAGCAUGAAGCCACCACGGAUUUUAAAGACUCACCUCCCUGUUCAGCUUCUUCCUCCAUCAUUCUGGGAUCAGGACUGUAAGGUUAUAUACAUUGCUAGGAACGCCAAGGAUAGCAUGGUCUCAUACUUCCACUUCCAGAGGAUGAACAAGGGUCUCUCGGACCCUGGAAACUGGGAGGCUUACUUCUCAAAGUUCCUGUCGGGAAAUGUGCCUUGGGGAAGUUGGUUUGACAAUGUACUCGGAUGGUGGAACGCCAAAAAUCACCACCAGGUGCUUUACAUCUUCUAUGAGGACAUGAUUGAGGAUCCAAGGCGUGAGAUCUGUAAAGUCAUGAGGUUCCUGGAAAAGGAUCUUUCUGAAGAAGUCCUGGGAGAAGAUAUAUCAGCACACAACCUUCCAGGCUAUGAAGGAGAAUCCAAUGGCCAAUUACAGCACCAUCCCAUCAUUUGUCAUGGAUCAGUCCAUCUCGCCCUUCAUGAGAAAAGGUAUAGUGGGGGACUGGAAGAACCAUUUCACCGUCUCUCAAGAUAUAAUAUUCGAAGAGGAAUACCAGAGGAGGAUGGAAGGGAAAGGCUUGAUUUUCCGCACGCAGCUCUGAAAUCGAUCGCCUUCCGCUCGGCACAUCAGAAUGCAUUUUGCAGUUGUCUUCUUUUCUUCCGCUGA